AUGACCUCACUUCUCCGCUCUAACGUCGAACAAGCGCUCGGAAAAGAGCUUUUAUUGCCUGCGAAUAUUGCCGAAAACGCAUGCCACUAUGAUAUCAACAUCCCAAAUCAAGCCGAAGACAAUCUUGGGACCGGGGCGGGUGGCAUUGGAACAGAUCCCUCCCCGCAUAGCCGCUUCAUUGAGCUUGAGACGCGCAUCAGCGAGAACUCGGUUGCAAUCGACGCUAUCAAGAGGCAGUUGGGCAGUUUUGCGACCAGGUUAGGCGCGUCUCACUCUGACUAUACCUGCCCGGUAUCGUACGAUACGCCUACAACAACUAUACAGCUGGCCAAUACUUCACCGCGUGGCACGACAUUCUCUCGCCUCCAGGACACGAUGCCCAUGUCCAUUCCUCUCGGCAAUGGACUAACUUCUGAAGAUCUCCUUCGGACUGCAAACAUACAUAUUUUUCUCGGCGAAUUUCCAAAGAAGAUGUUUCUUAAAACAGAGCAAACUCGAAAGCCUGAGGAGCUUUCACUACGGCAUGAUACGUGGCCUGAUAUAUCAGCCAUAUCCCUACAUGAUUCUAUCACUAAUCAGCUAGUCGGUCUUUACUUCGCAGUGGUAAAUCCAAGGCAUCCGAUCCUUGACCAAGGGGCUUUUGAGGUGACCUGCAAUUCGAUUGAACCACAAGGUGCGGUAGGCCCGAAGGUCGCUUUGGCAUUGAUGGUUCUUGCACUGGCAAGUAUUUCUCGAUCAUCACCGGACGACAUCAAAAAUGGUAAGCCGUCAGGGGCCGAAUUUUCUCGACCAGCGAUCCAAUUCCUGCUUCGGGAGUGGGCAUCAUAUUGCGAGACGAAUAUUCAUCUAUGUCAGGCUCUGUUUCUGGCAGCCUCUUGGUGUGAGAGCCGGAACGAAGGGAUCUCUCAGGACCUGGUGCGACUGUGUUGGGCGAUUUUUCUCGUGGAGUGCGACAUUCUUGCCGAAUAUGAUCUCCCCCGAAGUGGAAUUGAGAACGUCGUUGAAAUGCUGUCUUACCCGGAAUGUGGCCCGAGCCACGAUAGUCAAGAUCUUUUCUGGCUCGCAAAUCUAUCUGCUCGCCGGCUAAUGAACCGUGUUCAUUACAUCAUCUAUAACACGGCUAGUAGUGAUGCUAAAGACCACGGGGGACAUAUUUUGGACAGACUAUUUGACUCAGAGAAUGCAAACAUUCUCGUCGCUGCCUCGGCGGAGCUCAACAAUCAGCUAUAUCUAUGGUGGGAUCUCCUCCCGUCAUCCAUCAAACCAGAAUUGGAUGACCGCGACCCAAAAGCCAACCAAGGAGACCUGCUCUUACGAUACUGGGCUUGCGGCGAUAUUAUAUAUCGCCCUUUCCUUUACAAAGUAUGUUCCAUGCCGCAAGGAUGGAUUCCAGAUGAGGCCCUUAUUGGGCCGGCUUUGAGCUGCAUUCAUCACUGCCGCAAAUUCUUGCAACUUGUUGCUUCCCUCAUGAAGCUCCCAUCUCCAUUUACGACAAUUAACCUUCAUUCGUAA